ACGACAGAUAAACCAGGCUAGACUGUCACGAAAAAUGAUACGAUAAAGUUAACAAGUUGUAACAGUUAACGAAACUUUGCGAUAAAUCACAUAUCAUUUUAUUUUAAACAUAUUGUAUCAAUGAGUGAUUGUUCCUUUAGAAAUUGAUUUUCUUGAUACAUCGGUGAAUGCGCAAAAAUCACAUCGCGACGUUAACCUCAAAAUAUUUUCUAUGAUUAACCUCAAAAACAAACUGAUUAUGUAGCGAUCAUGCGUUUGUGGGAGCUUUAAAAGGUUAUAUGUCAUUUUCUUAUCUUAAAGCGAUAGUAAACAACGGGUGAAAAAUCAAAUCAAAAAGUUUAAUUCCAUAAGAACCCGUUACAGUUUAAGCUAAGAUGUUGAAAGGGGCUGUGGCGUUGGUGACGGGCGGCGGCUCGGGCUUAGGUAAAGCUGCAGUCGAACGAUUUGUUCAGCAAGGUUCGCGCGUUAUCCUGUGCGAUUUGCCCGCGUCCAAAGGCAGCGAAGUGGCAAAAAGUUUCUCGGAUGACCAAGUCCUUUUCGCCCCGGUAAAUAUAGUAAACGAAUCUGACGUGACUAAUGCUUUAACCUUAGCCAAAGAAAAAUUCGGAAAGUUAAACUACCUUGUAAACUGCGCCGGUAUAGGCUGCGCGUUCAAAUUGUACAAUUUUAAAAAGAAGCAGCCACAUUUAUUGGAUGACUUCGCCAAAGUAGUGCAAGUGAACACCAUCGGGACGUUCAAUGUGAUUCGGUUAUCCGUAGGAUUAAUUGGAGAAAAUGAGCCGGACAAAAAUGGCGAGAGGGGUGUUGUUAUUAAUACCGCGAGCAUAGCAGCUUAUGAUGGUCAAAUGGGACAGGUGGCUUACGCUGCGAGUAAGGGCGCGGUGGUUAGCAUGACCUUACCUUUAGCCAGAGAUUUGGCUUCACAAGGAAUUCGGGUAGUGACUAUUGCUCCGGGAUUAUUUAGAACACCUUUGUUGGCUGCUCUGCCUGAAAAGGUAAUAGCAUUCUUGGAGAAUUCCGUGCCAUUCCCGUCGAGGCUGGGAGAUCCCACGGAAUUCGCGCAGAUGGUCGAAAGUGUAAUUCAAAACCCCAUGCUCAAUGGCGAGACAAUCAGAUUGGAUGGGGCUUUAAGGAUGCAACCUUAGGUUCCGAAAUGCGUUCCAAUAUUUGUUUUUUGCAUUUUUAUUUUAUACUUUGUUAAUCAUUUUUUUGUAGUUUGUAAUGUAAUUAUAUUAA